AUGGCUAACAUUCCUGAUCCCACUGCUGACUUGGACUGGACCUACAACGGCAGUGUCAUUGAGCACUUUGCCCGAAAUGCGGAAGCACAUCCCGAAAGGGUUUGUGUCGUGGAAACCAAGACCUCAGAGACUCCAGAGAGGCAAUUCACAUACAAGCAGAUCUAUGAGGCCUCUAAUAUCUUGGCCCACCAUCUCACCGAAGCCGGAGUCACCAAUGGCGAUGUCGUCAUGAUCUGGGCUCAUCGUUCGGUUGAUCUGGUUGUGGCUAUCAUGGGCACACUUGCGUCUGGUGCUACCUUCUCAGUGCUUGACCCUCUAUACCCCCCUAGCAGGCAACAAGUUUACCUUGAAGUUGCCAGACCUUGUGCUCUGGUAAACAUUGCUAGGGCGUCCGACGAGGCUGGACCGGUUGCUCCUCUGGUCAGGAGAUAUAUUGAUGAAGAGCUUAACCUCAAGACCGAAGUCCCCUCACUAAGAAUUGGGGACGAUGGCGUCUUAGCUGGAGGGGAGGUCAAUGGGGCUGACCUUUUUGCUCAAGUCCGAGCUAAGGCAUCAUCCCGCCCAGAUGUUAUUGUUGGCCCCGACAGUAACCCUACUCUAAGUUUCACCAGUGGCUCAGAAGGAAAGCCCAAGGGUGUCCUGGGACGUCAUUACAGUCUCUGCAGAUACUUCCCCUGGAUGGCUGAGAGAUUCAACUUGAAUUCUGACAGCAAGUUUACUCUUCUAUCUGGCAUUGCUCACGACCCUGUCCAGCGAGACAUCUUCACUCCUCUCUUCUUGGGUGCCCAACUUCUCGUGCCCUCUAAGGAGGACAUCCAGCAUGAAAAGCUCGCAGAAUGGAUGCGCGAGCACAAGCCCACUGUCACUCACUUGACACCCGCUAUGGGUCAAAUUCUGGUGGGAGGUGCGACUGCUGAGUUCCCAUCGCUAGACAGGGCCUUCUUUGUUGGUGAUGUUUUGACCACAAGAGAUUGUCGUUCACUGCGAAAGCUUGCUAAGAAUGCCAACAUUGUCAACAUGUAUGGAACAACCGAGACCCAGAGAGCUGUCAGUUACUUCGAGAUUCCCAGCCACUCCAGAGAUCCUAAUGCUCUGGAUGCUCUUGGAAACACUGUGCCCGCCGGCAAGGGUAUGCAGAACGUGCAACUUCUCGUUAUCGACCGUCAAGACCGUAACAAGAUUUGCGGAGCUGGCGAAGUUGGCGAGCUGUAUGUGCGCGCCGCUGGUCUUGCCGCCGAAUACAGAGACAACCCUGAACUUAACGCUGAGAAGUUCAUCACUUCUUGGUUUGUCGAUCCUAACAAGUGGGUUGAGGCUUAUGCGGAUUUGGGCAAGGACGAUCCACGACUCAAGGGUUACGUCCCCCGAGAUCGUCUGUAUCGCACAGGAGACUUGGGGCGUUAUCUUGAAUCCGGUGAUGUCGAGGCCACUGGCCGAGCUGAUGACCAGGUCAAGAUUCGUGGUUUCCGUAUUGAGCUCAACGAGAUCGAUAGCAACCUGAGCCAGAACCCCUUGAUUCGGGACUGCAAGACUCUUGUGCGAAGGGACAAGAACGAAGAGCCAAUUCUUGUAAGCUAUAUUGUUCCUGAGUUGAACGAAUGGCCCAAGUUCCUCAAGACUCAGGGUCUGGAGGACGUCGAAGACGAGGGAACCGAUAUCGGACCUACCAAGGUUUACUUCAAGCGUUUCCGACGUAUGCAAACCGAGGUCCGUGAUCACUUGAAGGGUCGACUGCCUGCUUAUGCAGUCCCAACUACCUAUAUCACCUUGGAAAAGCUUCCUCUUAACCCUAACGGAAAGGUUGACAAGCCUAACCUGCCCUUCCCUGAUAUUGCGGAGCAGACUGAGGAUGCCACCGAGGAGGACCUUAAGCGUUGGGAGAGCCUGUCUCCCACAGAGCAGACCGUUGCCGCAAACUGGUCUGAACUCAUUCCCGGUCUCAACGCCAAGACCAUCACCCCCCAGAACGACUUCUUCGAUCUUGGUGGCCACAGUUUGCUUGCCCAACAGAUGCUUUUGGUUGUGCGAAAGACCAUUGGUGCCAAUGUUUCCAUCAACACUCUUUAUGAGCACCCAAGUCUCGCUGGUUUCAGUGCCCAGAUCGAUAGGCAACUCAAGGGCGGAGCAGCUGGUGAAUCGGAGGAGGACAAAAACCCUGAAUAUGCUCGGUCUCUGGAAGAGCUACUCAAGGGGCUUCCUUCCAAGUACCAGUCCGCUGAGCCAGCGACUAUUCGUUCCAGGGCCAAACCUGUCGUGUUCCUUACUGGUGCUACAGGCUUCCUCGGCGCUUACUUGAUCAAGGAUAUUCUGCAGCGUACCAGCCGCCAGAUCCAGCUCAUUGCUCAUGUUAGAAGUGUCAAGGACCCCAAGGGUGCCUUUGCUCGUCUUCGCCGCUCUCUCGAGGGCUAUGGUAUGUGGCAAGACGAGUGGGUAUCUCGCCUGAGCUGCGUUGUUGGUGAUCUGUCCCAGCCAAAUCUUGGAAUCGAGGCAUCGGCUUGGGCCAACUUGGCCCAGACUGUUGACGUGGUCAUCCACAACGGUGCCGCUGUUCACUGGGUCAAGCGAUAUGCAGACAUGAAGACCGCCAACGUCAAUUCUACCAUCGACGCUAUGAGGCUUUGCAACGAAGGAAAGCCCAAGACCUUUACGUUUGUCAGCUCGACGAGUGUUCUUGAUACCGACCACUAUGUCAACCUCUCGGAUAGACAGGUCAGCACCGGUCAGGGAUCUAUUCUCGAAGAGGAUGAUAUGAUGGGUAGCCGCACUGGUCUUGGAACAGGUUACGGUCAGACCAAGUGGGUUUCAGAGCAGCUUGUUCGCGAGGCUGGCAGAAGAGGACUUCGCGGUACCGUUGCACGACCAGGCUACAUUCUCGGUGAUAUUGAGACCGGUGUUUGUAACACCGAUGACUUCCUUAUUCGAAUGCUGAAGGGUUGCAUCCAACUCGGCGUUCGACCUCACAUCGUCAACACGGUCAACGCUGUGCCCGUGAACCACGUUGCUAACGUAGUGGUAGCGUGUGCACUCAACCCCCUCCCCGGUGGUGUUCAUGUUGCACACAUUACGGGCCACCCUCGUCUGAGAAUGAACGAGUACUUGUCCAGCCUGGAGUACUACGGAUAUAAGUCUCCCGAGGUCGAAUACACACAAUGGAAGGACGAGCUAGAGAACUAUGUUACCGCUGGUGGACAAGAGAAGGAUCAGGAACAACAUGCUCUAAUGCCCCUGUACCAUUUCUGUGUUAAUGAUCUCCCUGCCAACACUAGAGCUCCCGAACUUGAUGAUUCGAACACUGUCAAGAUUCUCAAGGAGGAUGCGGAGCACUGGACUGGCAUCGACGAGAGCUCAGGAUAUGGAAUUUCGCGAGUAGACAUCGGACGAUUCUUGCGAUUCCUAGCUGAGACCCAGUUUGUGUCCUGGCCCACAGGUAGAGGCAGGCCACUCCCCGAGGUCAACUUGACGGCCGCUCAGCUUGAAGCCGUUGGUGCUGUUGGUGGCCGUGGCGGUAGCGGUGCCCCUGCUGCUACUGCGAACAAGUCCUAG